AUGUGUCCAGAACAUGAAAUGGAGCGGGUAAACAUGUACUGUGAAAUCUGCAGAAGGCCUGUUUGCCAUCUUUGUAAACUGGGUGGAAGUCAUGCGAACCAUAGAGUAACAACCAUGAGCACUGCCUACAAAACCCUUAAGGAGAAGCUUUCAAAAGACAUUGAUUACCUCAUCAGUAAGGACAGCCAGGUGAAGGCUCACAUCACACACCUGGAUCUGCUGCUGAAGGAAACAGAGUGCAACAGUGAAAGAGCUAAACAAGAAGCAUCUCAGUGUUUUGAGAAACUGUCUGGUGUCCUGGAAGAGAAGAAAUCUGAAGCUCUUAGGGCAAUUGAAGCUUCUAAGAAUGCAAGGCUGGAAAAAUUGCAAAUGCAGGCAGAAGAAUAUCAAGGGCUCCUGGAAAAUCAUGGCCUUGUAGGAUACGCUCAAGAAGUGCUUAAAGAAACGGAUCCGUCUUAUUUUGUUCAAACAGCGAAGCGACUUCAUGCCAGAAUCCAAAAAGCUACUGAAUCUCUGAAGAGCUUCAAGCCAGCCGCUGAAACUACUUUUGAAGACUUUGUGGUGGACAUAGCCAAGCAAGAAGAGAUCCUUGGUGACUUGUCCUUCCAUUCCAGUGGUCUAGAAGUACCACAAAUCAACAAAAAGCGAAGCAGAAUGUACAACAAAGCUCUGAUCAGUUGGGAAUGCCCUGGGAAGAUAGACUCAGCUGAUAUCUAUGCUCUGGAGUAUCAUAAGCUUAAUAGAGAAGAGGAGAGUGCAACGUGGCAGGAGAUCAAAGUCUGCAGCAAAAGCAAAGUAAUAUCUGAUCUUGAUGACGACAGCAGCUAUGUCUUCAGAGUUCGAGGAUUUAAAGGGUGCAUCUGUAGCCCUUGGAGCCAGGAAGUUAUUCUGCGUACGCCUCCAGCUCCAGUUUUCAAUUUUCUUUUUGAUGACAAAUGUGGCUACAAUAAUGAAAAUCUUCUGCUGCACCUUUUUGCCUCUGUGGAAAGUAGGGCUGGGUUUCCUCUACUGCUGGGAUCUGAGCGCAUGCAGGUCGGAUGCUACACAACCCUUGAUUACAUCAUUGGCGACGCUGGGAUUGCCAAAGGGAAGCACUUCUGGGCUUUUCGUGUGGAAGCCUAUUCAUACCUGGUGAAAGUGGGAGUUGUUUCUAGCAACAAGAUACAGAAAUUGUUCCAUAAUACCCAUGAUGUGACCAGCCCAAGGUAUGAACAAGACAGUGGCCAUGACAGUGGGAGUGAAGAUGCCUUCUUUGACUCAUUGCAGCCUUUCACGCUGGUCACUGUAGGCAUGAAGCAUUUCUUUAUCCCCACGACACCUGCAGCCCCCAAGGAUCCGGCGAGCAGGAUCCUUCCCCUGCCGUCGCGCUUGGGCAUCUGCCUUGACUGUGACAAAGGCAAGGUGGGGUUUUACGACGCAAGCGAUAUGAAAUGCCUUUACGAGUGCGAGGUGGACUGCUCUGGCGUAAUGUACCCAGCGUUUGCCUUAAUGGGUGGCGCAGCAGUUCAUCUUGAGGAAGCUGUCACAGCAAAGUACGGGGAGUACCAGGAUGACAUCUAA